UCAUAUUUUAUCAAAUUAGAUUAGAUAUAAACAAAAUCAAAAUUAAAUGAACUAGACCAAUGGGCAAUAUGCAUUGUUAGCUGUGAGCACCGGACUGACCGGAGGAAAAAGUACGACGCCGUUAGAGGUCAAUUACCAUUUAAGCUUCUUCAAGCGUCGAACCAGAUCGAAUGGCGAAUUCAUAGUUUGUUCGGUUCCAAUUAGAAGCCACCCCAUCACUGAACUUGACCGGGAAAUAGGCGAUCUGUCUUUCAUCGGCGCUCCGACGGGAAAUUGAGCACUCAAAACUCAAAUGGCCGAUAUGAGAAACAAAUCUUCUUCAAAAGAAGAAGAGAUAAAGCUUGAACUGGAAUGCGAAGAAAUAGGGAAUAUGACGACUCCUGCAGCACGGGCCACUGAAGCUCCAAAACGCCCACUCGAAAGAGGCAGCACCGGCGAUGGAGGUGGGGGAUGGGGGGGAUGGGGGUUCUCCGCAUUCUCUUACCUCUCCGACCUUCAGAAGGCCGCUGCGGUUGCUGCCGAAGAGAUCUCUCGCAAUGCUGUUGAGGCUGCUAAAACAGCAGCAAAAAGCAUUUCUGAUAUUCAGGAUGUGGAUGAGGAGUCUGAACCUUCUGAAGAGCAUGAAAGUGAAGCAUCUGUCGUUGAGGUUGAAAGUGAAGAUGAGAAUGACAAACGACGCAAGGAGGCUUUGGAUAAAUUAGAGAAAGCUAGCGAGGAAUCCUUCCUUGGACAGGGAAUUAAGGUUAUUGAUAAUUCAGUCGAGAGUUUUACUUCUGGAGCAUGGCAAGCACUAGGAAAUGCAUUGAAAGGCGGUUCUAGUUUUGUUCACAAGCUUGAGGAAUCCAUUCAACAUGUUCAGAAAGGUGGCUUACCAGGUGCAACAGGUUCUGUUGCACCAUCCAUACUAGAGACUGGAAAAGCUUUUACUGCUAAGGGAAUGCAAGUGCUUGAGCGACUUGGUAUAGAAACCAUGGAUCUUCUAAUCUCUGAGACUGGUAUUGAAGUUGAUAAACAGACCAAGGAAACUGAAGGAGAUGUAGAUGAGGAAGUUACAUUUGACCGAUGCUUCUAUAUCUAUGGGGGUCCAGAGCAGUUGGAGGAGCUUGAGGCAUUGUCCAACCAUUAUGCGAUGCUCUUUAACAGAAAGAAAGUGAAGCUACCUUCUGGAGAAAGGUCUACUUAUGACGGAAAGCUCAAACAGGUCCAACUGAUUCUUGACUUGAGUUCUGAAAUUGAUGGAAGCUUGGAAUUGGAAAAGGGGAAACAAGUAGAAAUUGGAUGUGUGGAUAAUGCUGCAGAGAUGAAGGUUUUACAUGAUUCUAGUGUCAAAAAGGCUGCUGAAUUGGCUGCUGGUUUUGCAAAUGCUUUGGCUGGACUAGCUCUAAAUGAUAUGAUACAACGGACUGUGGGGAGACUGGAAUCUCUCCACUCUGAGGGUGUUCAUAGGCUUUCUGAAAUGUGUUGCUUUGCUGUCACCCAAAGCCUCAUGCUUGGGAAAUCUAUCAUAUCAAAUAUAAACAAGAAUAGUCAGGAUGAGGACGUUGAUGAGGGCAUGGUUAGAAUUAAUUGGCCUGAGGACUCUAUUGAAAGAGCAAAGAUUAUCCGAGCUAGGGCAGAGCUGAUGACAUCAAGUAUUGAGGUAGUCUGUUCCAGUUUUAUUACAGGUAUACUGGAGGUGAAUGAGGCAUAUGGAGCUGCGAUAAAAGCUGUGUCUGCUGAUUCGGAUGAAACUGCCCUGAAAACAGUCCAUGCCAAAGCUAAUGUGUUUUCGGAGGACCUUAGUGCAAAUCGUGGCACAGCAAUUGGGAAAGUUCAGGACGGGCUUCAGUUCUUGCCUUAUUUGGUGGUCUCUACUUCGAUGCCUGCUGCUUAAGGAUUACUAGAUGCCACUGAUUCUCAGUUAUGUUGUUUUUAGUUUCUCAGUGUAAAUAGUAUCAUAUAGAAGGUGACUCACGUGGUCUCCAUUCAUACUGGCACCCUCUAAGUUUGCUUUUUAUUUCAAACAGACCCUUGCCCGUUUUCCCCAAUUUUUUCCAGGGAAGACACACAACACACCAUGUAUUAUGAAAUUGAAGCAAAUUACGUCUCACUCACUGCUCGGAAUCCCACAUUUCC